AUGAUUGGGGUCGCUAUUCUAGGCGGAGGUAUCUUCGCUCGCGAGGAGCACAAGCCCGCUGUUGAAGCUUCCAAGGACUUGACACUGAAGGCCGUUUACUCGCGCUCCCUAAAAUCGGCAAAGACGCUCGAGGUGGACGAAUCCAAGGUUGAUCUCUACUCGGACGACUCUGGUGCUGGCAAAUCUUUGGACGAUCUUCUGGCCCGUUCGGACAUCCAAGCAGUCAUCAUCGCCUUGCCGAUCAAGAAUCAGCCUGACUAUAUCCGCAAGGCGUUGCUGGCCGGCAAGCAUGUCCUCUCGGAGAAGCCGGUGGCGGAGAACGUCAAGGACGCCGCGGAACUCAUCCAAUGGUAUCGGUCAGAGAUGGAGCCGAAAAAGGUAACCUGGGGUGUUGCCGAAAACGUCAGAUACACGGAUUCUUUCAUUCGUGCUGCAGAGGUCGUCAAGACAAAGGGUCGGCAAUUGACUUUCAGAUGCCGAAUGCAGACGCUUGUUGAGGGUGGGAAGUACUUCGAGACCGAGUGGCGUAAGGUUCCAACGCACCAGGGUGGAUUUUUGCUGGACGGUGGCGUCCACUUUACCGCUGGGCUUCGAUUGAUGAUGGGCAAGGACAAUCCACUGGUAUCCCUAUCAGCUCACUCCGCACAGCUUCAAGAACAUCUUCCUCCAGUGGAUACCGUUGAAGCUACAGCAAAGAGCAAGAAUGGCAAUGUGGGUACGAUAUCGAUCUCUUUUGGAACGACUCACAAGGGGAGUGAAUGGGCCGUCGGCUGUGAGAAAGGUUCUGUUAGCCUCUCGGGCAACAAGGUCACGUACGAUGGCAAGACUGAAGAGGUCCAGGACGAAAGGACGGGUGUACCGGGCGAAGUGAGAGCGUGGGGGGAAGCAUUAGCAGCUGGGAAAGUCAACGAGAGUCAAUCUCCCGAAGAAGGUCUCGCGGAUCUUGAGCUGAUUGAAGCCAUGCUGCGGAGUGGCGAGCAGGGAGGUGUCCCGAUCAAAUUAGCAUAUCAAGCGCUAUAG